AGAGCUCCCUAGUUGUGCUCCGCGGGCGUGAAACAAGAAUACGCCAAAACGCGACGCGACCUCGUGCCACGGACCCUGGGUUGCUUAGUCCUCGAUGGCCAGCUACAGCCACGAUUCAAAGAAGCCCCGCAGGAGGGGCGCCAAUUCAGAUCGGGGCUUUAAGCCCUACCACUCCGUCAGCGUGCCGAAGCACGUGGACCUGGUCCACCAGGUCCACGAGGACCGGCCAAAGACCACGGUGAUGCUGAGGAACAUUCCCAACCGAUACUCCCAGGUGACGUUGCUCAAGGAGAUCGAUGCUCAAGGCUUCAUUGACUCCUAUGACUUUUUCUACUUGCCGAUGGAUACCAAGAAUCGCACCAAUGUGGGCUAUGCCUUCAUCAACUUUCUCACUGCACAGGACUUGGAGCGGUUCAUGAAGCGCUUCGCCGGCUACGUCUUCCCCCACUGUCCCACGCCCAAGGCGGCGCGUGUGAGCCUGGCGCACAUCCAAGGCUUCAUUGAGAACAUCCGCCACUUCUCCAACCGCGCCGUGUCACAUUCCAGGAACAGUCAGUACCGGCCCAUCGUAAUUCACAAGGGCAAUCGUAUGGACAUUACAGACGCCUACGACUUGCUCUGUAAAGCGCAAGUGGCACAAGUCGUGCAGCCAGUCAUGCCGGAGAUGCAGCUCUUGCCCCAGCCAGAGAUCAUGCAAACGCCAGCCUAUCCGCAGACGGAGCCACCACCAGGCCUCGAUUUGCCCUGGCAAAUGCCACUCGCACAGCCGCGGGUGACGAUGCCGCCGCCGACGAAUCCGCCGCGUGUGGCGGGUGACAGCUUCGGCGAGAGCUUCGAGGAGACGCGACGAGGUUUUGAAGAAGCCAUCUCGAUGUACCUGGCCUCUUGCGGUUCCGUGCCGGACGUCCCGCCGCCCAUCUCACGCUUCGACUAUGCCGGUGCGGCCUUUCCCGCGCAGCUGCCGGCAUUCCAGCCGCGGCUGUUUCACGAGGAGGAUGAUGAGCAGACGGACGAGGAGGAGACCACACCCCGCCAUGGGCUGCCGGGCAUCGCCAAGUUUGGCCUGGCGGACGAGGCGCCCGAGGAGUCGGUGACGCCGCGGACCAACAAGACGCUCUUCGUCCACGGGCGUUUCUCUGCGUGAGGGGCGGAGAGCGCUACUCAUUGCUUCUUGCAAUGCGUGACUUGCUUCCACACCACUUUUACUACCGCGCGAUGCGCUCGAGUGAGUUCUUGCGGCAGAGCUUGCUGCGUGAUUGCUGCACCGCUGUGGCGCUAUCCGCGAUCAGUUCUCUAGGCCCGGGGGUUUUUGAUGAACUCCUGGUGUGGCUGGAGGCCACCGAUGGAUGGGCCAAGAAAUCGGGGGAUGUGACGCCUUUGACUAACCCUG